GACCAGGCCUAUAUCAUUAUAAUAUGAAUAUCUGAUACUGCAAUACGCUCAUCAAAACGAUACAGAUCUAGGAUAUACAGCUCGGGGCAGCCAUAAACUAGUCAGCUGUGCAAAACCUUCACUCGAGUUAAGGGUCUGAAUGUAUAGCCUUCCCAUGCCUUGUGUAUACUGAAGGCCCUCUCGCUAAAACAACAAGUAUUGAAUAUAUCAUAUAUUAUAUGUGCUAGUUUUUGCGUGGAGACACACUUGCUGAUCAAAGUUUCAAUCAGGGUCUGUGCCUGCAGACUAUAGCCAUAAACCCAGGAGAAAGUAAUAAUUUCAAUCCAAUCUUCAAGUGUGCUUCAUUUACCAGAAUGUCCGGACCAUCCCAACCCGUAGGUUCUUCCAACAUGCCAAACCGAGUAAUAUUGUGGACUACCUACAGAUGUGUAUCCACAGCGUUUACACGCUCGAUGGGACAGAUUCCUGGGGUCGAGAUAUGGCCAGAGCCAUUCGGAUUUGCCAAUAUCGCAAAGAUCAACUACGAGUUAAACGAGGGCAUCGAUCUGCCGACAUCGUAUGAGGGAAAUGAGGUCGCCUUUGAUAAGGCAGCUCAGUAUAUUGGGAAAUUUAGGGCCCGAAAGUUCCAACCAGAAGCGUUGUCAUAUGAGAGUAUAAGAAUGGUGCUGGAGACUUCCACUGCAAAAAACGUAUUCGUGAAAGAUAUUGGUCUAGCGAUGCAAUCAAGGGAUCUGAGAGAAUUUAUUCCAGAAGGUUAUCGGCACUCCUUUCUGAUCCGCCAUCCACUCUUGGUGUACUCUUCUCUGCAUAAAGCCAACUACAACCAACUGAGAAACGUUAAUCUACUUCAUGCAGAUGAAACCAACGAGGAUGAGUUCGAUCUACGAAGACACAAGGAGCUGCUGGGAGACCCCUCCAAAUUCUUCAGCAGUCUACACGACGUCUGGUUGUACAUCAAAGAAAACAUCGAUCCUGCACCACCUAUCAUUGAUUCUUCGGAGUUACUGGAGAACCCUGACGGGAUGAUGCCUAAGUACUGCGAGGCUGUGGGACUCCCGUAUACAACACAAAUGCUGAAAUGGAAACCGUCUCUGGAUGUAAUUCUAUCCUGGAAGUGGUCUUCUGAAAUCAGUCAAAACACGAGUUACCUAACAAAUGUGAUCUCAAGCACGGGAUUCUCUAAACCUCAAGACCUUCCGUCGCUUGAUACAGUAACCUCUGAUGUCGUUCAGUUGGCCAACGAAGCAUUGCCGUUCUAUGAAAAAAUGUACAACAACCGUCUACUUUAAGAAAAACCCCAUUUGAUUUGAGCAUCUAUAACCAAGGUACAAAAGCCUCUCUUUAAACACUAGUUGUGGAACUUCUCGAACUUGGCAAUGAAGGCAUAGUGAGACGCCCAAAAGUGUAGGCUAUACCAAAUGACCUGGACCUGCUUGAAAUCAAUAGAUCGCUUUGAAUCUUAAAUGAUCCAGCUUCAUGAUAAUUAGCUAGCAUAGUUAGGAGAACAUUCCAUGAAGCGUUUUGUCAAAGUCUUUGACCAGUAGAGUAACGAGCACCCCCCUCGCCCCCCCCCAAAAAAAAAAAAUGAGGGGACCAGACUUGGUGUAUGGGGCAAAAUUUCUGAAAAGUUGCGAGCGAGCAAAAGUUUUGGCAGAAUAAUCAGAAAAAAUUAUGUAAUAUUUUAUCUUCCUUUGCUUAAAAGAAAAACUGUGGCUAUUUUUUGGUCAGAAUUUUUGUAUGUGUAAGCUUCAAUGCCUUAAUUUUGUUUGCCAGAGUUUUUAUGGCAAAGGUUUAUGCAACGGAACCCUGAUUGGCGGAGGGCCAAUCAGUCUGUAAAAAUCACUAACAAAACUUCCCCUGGAAGGCAGUUUCGUUGUCGACUGUCCAUUUCAUGUAUAGGCCUAUGUACGUGUCGCGGGAUUAUAAAGGUAAAAAACCCCAACAUUUUUCAUACAAAUGUUUCCCUUCAAGUUGAACCACCUCAAUUUUCAUUUAAACUUUAAUUUAAAUUCAACCCCAUUUACCUUCAUCUCCAAGGUAGUUGAAAAUCUAUCAUGGCAUUGCUGAAAUCAGGGGCUCGAUCGUUUCAUAAAACACGUUUUGAUAUUGGUUUAAAGCUACUGAAAUCAUUCGCUUCGCUUGGCUGACGGUAAACUUGGUAUAGAAUUUUGCAUUUGUUGUUAUUGGGCAAUUCCAUAAAAUAUAUACGUCCAACCCCCUGUGUGUGGGACCAUCAUGAAAUGUUCUGUCUCUGAUUCCUUGUUCUUUUGACAGUCUGUAAUGUUCUCAAAGGACGGUUACUUGGUCAAUUUAUGAAGUGAAGUAAAACUUGAGAAAAAUGGGGGUCGGACGUACAAAAAGGGUGAUCAUUUUAUGGAAUUGCCCUAUUUCUUAUUUAAUGAAAUGUGGCCCUAGCCAUUUCAAGGGUGUGUGGGUGUGAGGGAAGACAAGCAGGGGGUGUUGCGAUACGACGGUUCGCAUGACAUUCGCGGGUGAUAUGCCAAUGAGCUAGCCGAUGAUGUCACACACACUGUUUUAUUAUCAUUUUGAAUAUAUCUACAGUAUUUCAGCUUCUUUUUUUUUCAUUGUUAGAUGUGACAGUAAGGAAGGUCUUGAGUCAGAAAAGCUUAGAAUACGCGGCAAUCCCACACAUUCAAGGAUAAAUUACACUACACUGUACACGAGGAAACAUUACCAUCUGUCAAGUACAAAAUAAAUAGUCAGUAGAUGACGUCAUCUCUUCCCUCAUUUGCAUAUCCAAUGUGCUGUGAUUUUAAAUGUACCGUAAUUCUCUUAUUUGACAUCCAACUUUAAUGAUAAUUUCUUCAUGUUUUGAUAUGCAAAAGAGGUAAUCUAGAACAUGAGCUAGCCAACUACAGGUCUAUCAUCAUUAUCAAUGUCAUGCUUGUUUUAUCUCUUAAAUAUUCCUACAAACCAAUUUGCAUGAAGAGGGAUGGAAUGAGUCUUUGAUAAAAAAAACCUUUCAUCUUUAUUCCCGUCUUACAAAGAGUUGCGAUGGAUCCGAUCAAUCACCACUAUGAACGGCCAGCAACGUCAACAUCUAAAAUGUAAAUUUGUUCACUAAAUAUUUUCUAGAUAUGAUGCCUAUUCGUACAUUCAUCAUUCUCUUGACGAUUCGGUGUGAUUGUCUUUGUUUACUAAGGAUUUAUUUACUAAGAAGUAUGGAUGGAUAUCAUACAGUUAAUAUUUAUUUGAUCAAUCGUAACUCUUUGUAAGACGAGGCCCAAAAGCUAGAACUAGACGACUGUAAGAGGAAGAGCCGUGGUGUAGUGGUUCUGACUCUCGCCUUAUGAACAGAGGGUCGUGUGUUCGAAUCCCACCGCGGUCUAGCGUCCUUUGGCAAGGCGUUAAUCCACACUUUGCCACUCUCGACCCAGGUGCUAAAUGGGUACCCGGUAGGAUGCGAAAGAUAUUGUAUGUUUGAUUUUGCCAGCUCCAUAAUGAGGCUGCGAUGAAUGCAAGGAAUGCUCCCCAGGGAGUGGAAAUUGUGCAUUUUUCGUGCGGGAUUGAAAUGAAUCCAAUGACCGGGGUAAUAAUAUGCUGUAACGCGCUUUGAGCCAUUCAGGGAAAAGCGCUUUAUAAAAAUUGGCUAUUAUUAUAUUAUUAUUACUGUAAUGCCAUUAAUGAAGCAAGAGCUGAUUGAUCAUUGCUUCCAAUGCGUGACACCUCUCCUGUAAAGUCACAAAUAAUGAUAUUUACAUUGAUGAUGCACAACGUAUGAUAACAUAAACAAUUAAAUUGUCAAUUUUAUAACUUAUUUAUUAAUUUUACUUAGUUUAAUUUUAGUCACAUGUUUUUGAAGUAAUUUCCUUUAUUUCUAUGAUUGUCUUCGUCUUUUAAACCGUCUUUUGAUUUUAAUCUAGGUUUUUAAGUUUUGUUUUGAAUUAUUUAAUGUGAUAGCAUUGAGAUGUCAUGUAAUUUUGAUUGUGUACUAUAUUUUACUUUAUAAUAAUUGUAUUUCAUUUAUCUUGUAAAUCUUUCUAUGUCUACAGGGCUCUUUUGUAAAGCAGGCCUUUGGGCUCUGAAAGGACUACCCUGUUUUUAAAUAAAACUGAAUAAAUAAAUAAAUAACAAUGCUGUUAUCGAUUAUUGUAAUGAC